AUUAUUAACCCAAAGAAUCCUAAAGAACCAGCAAAAAGUUUCAGCUUUGAUUAUUCAUACUGGUCUCACACUACGCCGGAAGAUCCUUCCUUUUGCAUCCCAAAAACCGCGUCUACAAUGACAUUGGAAAGGAAAUGCUGGAAACAUGCCUUUGAGGGCUACAAUGUUUGUAUAUUUGCUUAUGGACAGACUGGUGCUGGCAAAUCCUAUACCAUGAUGGGCAAGCAGGAGGAGACCCAAGCUGGCAUCAUUCCCCAGCUGUGCGAGGACCUUUUCGAGAAAAUCAAUGACAAUAAUGACGAUGAGGUGUCCUUCUCCGUAGAGGUUAGCUACAUGGAAAUUUACUGUGAGCGAGUCCGAGACCUGCUGAACCCCAAAAACAAAGGAAACCUUCGUGUCAGGGAGCACCCGCUGCUGGGGCCCUAUGUGGAAGACCUGUCCAAGCUGGCUGUCACCUCAUACACUGAUAUUGCCGACCUGAUGGACGCAGGAAACAAGGCCAGGACGGUAGCCGCCACUAACAUGAAUGAGACCAGCAGUCGCUCCCAUGCAGUCUUUACCAUUGUCUUUACCCAAAAGAGAUUCGACGUAGAGACCAACCUCUCCACUGAGAAGGUCAGUAAAAUCAGUUUGGUAGAUUUGGCUGGGAGUGAAAGAGCCGAUUCCACAGGAGCAAAAGGAACGCGGCUAAAAGAAGGUGCUAAUAUCAACAAAUCUCUGACCACUCUGGGGAAAGUCAUCUCUGCUUUGGCAGAAGUGAGUAAAAAGAAGAAGAAGACGGAUUUCAUUCCCUACCGAGAUUCUGUGCUUACCUGGCUGCUGCGGGAAAAUUUGGGUGGAAACUCCCGUACUGCUAUGGUGGCCGCUCUGAGUCCAGCUGAUAUCAACUAUGAUGAAACACUCAGUACACUAAGAUACGCAGAUCGUGCUAAACAGAUCAAAUGUAACGCUAUUAUCAAUGAAGAUCCCAACGCUAAACUGGUGCGCGAGCUGAAGGAUGAAGUUGCACGUUUGAAGGAACUGUUGAGGGCACAGGGCCUGGGCGAUAUCAUCGACAUCGAUUCUAUUGAGGACGGUUUUCCUGGAGUGAAAUCUCUCCCUUCUGUGGCGUGCCUUCCUUUGUCAGAUAUCAACGACAACCAGAACCUUAAGAAUAAAUACUUGCUAGCCAAUGAAAACCAACGACCUGGGCAUUUCUCCACAGCCUCCAUGGGCUCGCUGGCCUCUUCCCCCUCAUCCUGCUCUCUCAGUAGCCAGGUGGGCCUGAACUCUGUGACGAGUAUCCAGGAGAGGAUUAUGUCCACACCGGGAGGAGAGGAAGCCAUCGAACGUCUAAAGGAAUCAGAGAAAAUUAUCGCCGAGCUCAACGAAACCUGGGAGGAAAAACUUAGAAAAACAGAAGCGAUCCGCAUGGAAAGGGAGGCAUUACUGGCAGAGAUGGGUGUGGCCAUACGAGAGGAUGGAGGAACAUUGGGCGUAUUUUCUCCUAAAAAG